AUAUUCGUUCGGCUGUCAUGUCAUAACUCAUAUCAUUCUAAAACAGUCAACAGGACGAGUGUUUAUUAAUCAAUACUGUUAUGUUAUAAUUCAAGAAAGCUAAGGGAACUAAAAAAAUAAUUGCCUGAAGAACAUAAAGCGAUCUCUAUAUCUAUAACUAUAUUAGGAGAGUGGAGAUCAAUAUAUAUCGGUAAACAAUGGAUCCCAAAGAAGUGGUCGAACAUUUAGUUGCUUUGAAAGUAAUGAGAUUAACUAAGCCUGCUUUAGUAAGUCCUAAUAUUGUUACCUGCGAUUCGAAAGAUUUGCCAGGUAAUAUUUUAAACAAUUAUCUUAAAGAUGAUGCUACUUCCGUUAAUCAAAUGGAGACUUUAUCGGCAGGUCAGUUUUUAUUGCUUCCUCAAAGUUUUGGAAACAUAUAUUUAGGCGAAACCUUCUCCUGUUAUGUAUGUGUACACAAUGAGACCAACAAUCCUGUGCAAAGUGUGUCAAUUAAAGCUGAUUUACAAACAAACUCUCAAAGGAUCCUACUCACAACUCAACAAAACCUUUCCCCUACAAUGCUUGAUGUGGAUGAGACUUUGAGUGACGUAAUACAUCAUGAAGUCAAAGAUCUUGGGACUCAUAUUCUGGUCUGUGAAGUAACAUACAUGUCUAACUAUAACACACUUGCAUCUUUCCGAAAGUUCUUUAAAUUUGAAGUUAUGAAACCAUUAGAUGUAAAAACUAAGUUUUACAAUGCUGAGUCAGAUGAUGUAUAUCUUGAAGCUCAGGUGCAGAACAUAACUUCAGGUCCAAUCAUUCUGGAACAGGUAUCAUUGGAGAGUUCCCAGCAGUUUGAUGUCAAAUCUCUCAAUGAAAUUGAUGAUGGAGUCUCUGUAUUUGGAGAUGUGACCUUACUUCAGCCUCAAGAAAGCUGCCAGUAUCUCUACUGUUUGACUCCAAGAGAAAACAUUUCAAAAGAAAUAAAACUCUUGGCAGCUGCUAAAAAUAUUGGCAAGUUAGAUAUAGUAUGGAGAUCUAACUUGGGUGAAAAGGGGCGGUUGCAAACUAGUCAAUUGCAGAGAAUGACUCCUGACUAUGGAGAUAUAAGGCUCACAUUUGAAAACUUGCCUGCCAAGAUAUCCACAGAUGAGCCUUUUGAUUUCAAAUGCAAAAUUGUAAAUGCAAGUGAGAGAACCUUAGACUUGAUUCUAAAACUUCGCUCUCUUCAAGAUUCUAGUCUUCUUUGGUGUGGUAUUUCUAAUAAGAAACUAGGUCCCUUGGAACCUGGUCAAGCUUUUAAUGUAACUUUAACAGCUCUUCCUAUUAAUACUGGGCUUUGCAAUAUAUCUGGAGUGUCACUUCUAGACUUAUUUUUGAAAAGAACCUAUGAUUAUGAUGACUUAGCAUCUGUUUAUGUAUAUUGAAAUAAUUUAUUUAGAUGUUGUCAAUGUUAUAAUUAUACAUUAUAUAUCAAAGAAA